AUGCGAUCCUCGGUGACCGCAAGGUUGCGUUCCGCCUCCCUUGCCGUUGGUCCUUUUAAGCCCUCUCAUAUCACCGACUCGCCUGACCUGCCCCGGACCAAAAUUGGCCCUGCCCCGGAGCACCUGCACACACAGCUACUUCAAUUGUACUGGGAAGGUGUCGAGCGGGAUGUAGAGCUCAUUAUGCGCACUCUGGCCGAAUGGCGCUCCGAAGACAAUCCGCGAAUGGAAGAGGAGGAGGAUGGCAUGGUCAUCUAUGGCUACGAGACAUUUCUAGAUCAAGUCUGUGAGAGUCAGCGUAACAAGUCUUGGGAGAAUGGGGUGUCCGCACACACAGCAUACACCGAUUCCUUGAGGAAUCGGGCGUGGGAGAUCCUUGCAGAUGCCGAGAGCGAACAGCGACGAACUGCCGCCAGGAAGCUGAUCGAGUAUGAGAAUAAGAAGGACACCCUCAAACAUCGCGCGCGCAUGCUUCUCCAGGCUGCCCAAUGGCUGGACAUUGACAAAGUCGUCGAGCACCGAGAACCAAUUCACAAUGGCCUCAGACUAGCUCCGGCCCAGCUGAAGUUAACUAUGGAUCCGAGCACCUCGACGUUGAAGCACCUCGACGUAACCUGUGGCCAGUGCCACACAACCAUCAGAGGCUCUAUGUUCAUCAAGAUAUCCGACUCCAGCAAGGUUCUGUGUCAGACCUGUUAUUUCAAUUCAGCAAACUACGGCAGCCAGGACUAUUAUAAGAAGCUGAAAACAUGUCCACUAGACGAGGACAUCACUGCAGAGAUCAGCCAACAGCUUUGUGGUUGUAGUCGAGUUGCACAAGCUCAAGCCGAAGGGGUGGAGGGCAAGUUGUUUCCUAUGGAUGGUGACUUAGGCCAAAGACACAUCAAAUGUGGACUGACAAAUUUGGACAAAUACCUGGCCGAGGCAAAGUUUGACUCGACGCGGCUGAAGCAAGACAAGAACAAGUCGUUGCAGGAGAUAUCGAUAGAGAUGGUCAGCGACACUAAGAAGGCUUCAAUAAAAGGGUUCAGAACAUCUGGAUACCUAAGCCAGUGGGAGUAUUACAUGCCAGAAUUUGGGUCAGAUGAGAUUCACAGGGAAGGCGGAGGCACACCUCCCUAUUUUCGCCCGGCACAACCUCAGCAUCCCUUUGGGCAUGUUCAUAUGGCUGUGAGAUUUGGAAUUCUUGUCUUUGAAAACGGAGUAGCCAACACCAAUGGUGGCGUUGUCAUCACCACUCGAAAUCAAAUUAACCUACUCCCACCAAUUGAAGUGUCGGUAACGGGUGAAAGUGAGCGGAGCCUUCUUUUGACUGGGCAUGAUAAGAGGGUCCUAUAUAGUCAGAGUAGGCCCCGAAUGCUCAAGCGAUACAAGCUCGUUGCAAAACAAGUGGUUGGAGGGACAUUUUGUGGGUAUUUGGAUAAGGAAGCAGAAGACUACAUUCUAUCCCUUCUAUUAGAAGGCAGCGAAGUCAAAGGAGAUUCUCAGAUGGAGUAUAUGGACUUACUGACGACCGCCUUGAAGGAGUACCUCUUCGAUUAUGUUGAUUUUCACCUGAGAGCAAUCGCUAGCAGGCUCACGGACGCAAAGUUUAAUCUGGCUUGGAAUUUUGCGUCCAACAACUGCAAGGACUUUUGCGAAAGUCUUCUUGAUUUUGAUCAUAUCCAGCCACUGUUUGGCUCAACCAUAUCUGAGACCUCCACCAAACCAGCCUAUCUCAUGAGCUUCGUGACCAAAUCAAGGGGUCCACUGGUUGUGACUCCAUGGUCCAAACACGACUCACCAAAUGGCUUCGUGGAGGAAUACCUCCUCCGCAUACAGCAUGGACGUCACGAAGACUCUGAUCUGAUUGAUAGUCUCUCAGAAUACUGGUCAGACUUUGGGGCCUUUGAUAAACCAUUAUAUUCCAAUCAAAACCUAUUCCCAUGGGACUGCACCGAGGCCUACGGCGAACAUCACAUCAGAUGCGGGUCAUGUAACAUAUCGAAGCAUGUGUGGGCGUCCCCCUUUGAUGCAUGGUCUAUUAUAUCCAUGCAUCUUCAACGCGAUGGUUUCCUCUACGCACAAUAUCACCCGGACACCACCUUUGCGAAGAGCCAGGUGGACCGAACAGAAUGGUUCCGAAACAGACUCGGCCUCCUUCUAGCACACGACAGUCUCCUCACAGCAGCCACGGCUAUGGCCCAGAGCCCUGAAAUCCGGAAAGCAACUCAAUGGUUAAGCGGGCCGGACGUUGCCCCGGAAGUCCAACGAGUGAAGCUGGGUAGCAUCCAUCGAGCACAGCCGCACAGUCAUCACUUUGACCACUCCAGGACCGGGCGUGGUGGAGCAAUCGGGGCGCUGUUUGUGGCAGAUUGGAUUAAAGGUUCACAGCAUUCGAGAAGGCACGAUUAUGAACAAAGGCGAGACCAGCAGAUGAAACGUAAAGAGACAAGAUAUGAACAGUCGUAUGGGGCUGUAUCUAAAAGCCAUUCCAGCAGUCGCUACUUCUCAGAGGUGUCAUACGCAAAGGCAGAUGCUUGGGACUGGUCAAGGACUUCGGGGAACAUGUGGUAUAUGCAGGAAUAUGCAGGAGGAUAUGGGGGAGGCUCAAGUGGUGAUGGAGGCAAUCAUAAGGGAGGUGAUUCUGGAGGUGGUGGUGACUCUGGGGGAGGCGGAGGAGGUGGUGGCGGUUGUGGUGGUGGAUGUGGAGGAGGGGGGGGAGGUGGUGAUUAG